AUGUCCAUAUUGCCGUGUCGUGUGUUGUGUCUGUUCGCCAUUGUGUUCUGCUGUGUGGGUGUGGUUCAUGCUGAUGCUGUUCAAGACACCUCUGACAUGUAUGUGAAAGUACUUUGGAUUGUGGAUAACACUCCCAAACUGAAAGGAAAGUGCAAUAACGCUGGUAAGGCUGCUAAAGAUGCUGCGGAGAAAGCUGACGUUUUUGCUACCACCAUUAAGGCAAAUAUCAAGACUCUCGCUUCAAACCCAGCAGAAGUGGUGCAAAAGAAGAAAAAAGGUCGUGAAAUCAUUAAGGAAGCAAAUGAUGCCGCAGAGAAGGCAAGAAAAGAGGCCAAAGAAACUGCAGCCAGUGUAACUGGUACUAGAUCCAUUGACAUCUCGGCUCUUGAAAAAGAAAGACUUCACUACGAAAGUUUGACUGACAGUACUGGGAACAUCAAAUUUCCAUUUAUGGUAAAAGAAAUAAAGGCCGCCAUCCAAGCAGUUAAAGAUGCAGAAAAGGCGGUAAGUACUGCUGAAAGUCAUGCCGACAAUGCGACAGAGGCUGCUAAACGUGUGAAGGAUGUCCUGAGGGAACUCGACGCCGCAGUUGCUGCUGAAGCUGAAAAGAAGAAGGGAGAA